CGACAAGUUGAUGGCUCGGAUAUGAUGUAGCAUCUGUUCUGACUAGUCGGAAGUUAAAACAGUAUAGCAGAGUAAUCUGUAAGUAGCGUUAAUCACACUGAAACAUUUUACAACCGUGAAAGUUUACUGUAUUUUCACCAAAUGGCUUAUCCAGGAUACGGCGCGUAUGGGGGUCAAAUGCCAGGUAUGCCAGCGCAGGGUAUGCCUCCUCAUGGAAUGUCAGGCGGACCCAUGGGCGGCCCCAUGCCCGGGCACAUGGGUGGGCCGAUGGGGGGUGCACCACCCCAGGGAGGAUAUUCCCCAUAUGGAGGAGGCUUUCCAGGAACAUAUGGUGCUCCAUCUCCAGCUGCCAAUGAUCCAAUGUGGGGUUACUUUACCGCCAUAGCAGGCCAGGACGGUGAGGUCGAUGCUGAGGAGCUCCAGAGGUGUCUGACCCAGUCUGGUUUCAACGGCAGCUACACUCCAUUCAGCCUGGAGACGUGCAGGAUCAUGAUCGCAAUGCUAGAUAGAGACUUUACGGGGAAGAUGGGUUUCAAUGAAUUCAAGGAACUUUUCCAGGCUUUGAACGGCUGGAAGCAGAACUUCAUGAUGUUCGACCGGGACCGCAGCGGGACUGUGGAACCUCACGAGAUGAACCAGGCAGUCAAUGCUAUGGGCUAUCGUGUCAGUCCUCAGACUCUUAACUUCAUUGUCAAGCGCUACAACAAAGGAGGAAGGAUCUUCUUUGACGACUAUGUGGCCUGUUGUGUUAAACUGCGGGCUCUCACAGAUAGCUUCAGGAGGAGAGACACCAUGCACCAAGGGGCGGUCACCUUCCAGUAUGAUGACUUCAUCCAGUGCACAAUGGCAAUGUAAAGCUUUUCAGUGUGUCCCACACCACCAUGAAGGCGGACUAAUCAGUGGUGGAUUCUUGACUGCCGCCUCACAGGAAUGCAAAGGGAGGCGCUGAGCUGAGACGCUAUAGGACAGUACCAAUUGCUUGUAAUGCUUGCUGUAAUGCUUUAGUCUUGCUGAAGAUGUAUCAGGUGACCACGCAUACAUAUAUACAUAUUAUGUAUUCAAAUUUGAAAGAAAGAUUGUACCUUUCUGUGAUUUUAGAGCCCUUAUGUGUAGGAUUAAUAAAGUCUAUAAUUAUAAUGCUAUAAACAAGUUAGAACUACACAUAGGGACUUUGGAGAGGAGGGGCUAUUGAGUGUCAGUGGAACAAUGUAAGAACUAAGCUUUGUAUCAACAGACCUGUGAGACACCUAUGUGCCAUUUUAAUCUCUGAAUGUAUUGUUUAAUAUAUUAGAAAUAUAUAACUGUAUAGUAAUAACAGAACCAUUUAUCAGUUAACAUUUUCACCUUUCUUUUACACUGAAUUUCAUCCCGUCAUGACUUACAGCCAGUACAUUCUCUCAUGUGCUUUAUUUGUAAUGGUGAUAUUUUUACAGCAUAUAAUGUGCAUUCAUGUUUUAUAAAACUUGUAUUCUACAUGCUAACACGCCAAAGUUAAUGUGAGCUGAUAUUAACCCACACCUAUUCAUGUUAAUGAUAUGUUCAUUAAAGUGCGAUUUUUUUGUUUUUUGUUUUUUGUUUUCCAUUCAAACACAACAGAGUUUUGCACUUUUCCAGUUUGUAGUGAACUCGACCUCUGCUCAUAAACAAUGUUGUCACAGAUCAUAUUUUGUUACCGACAAUAAAAACUUUUAAAUCUGUA